GCUCGCUGAAUUGGCCCAGCGCAGUAUCCUGGCAUGCGGUGUCAGCGACACGUUCAAUUUUCUCUGGAAUUUGUUUUCUGUUGAAAAUACCUCAAAUUGUGAUUAUUUACCCGUUAAUACCUAUUCCCUGAGAUUAUUAGUUUGUCCAGGAAGUUGAAAACAUGCCGCCGAAGAAGCCUCAGCCGACCUCCAGCAAGAAAGCCGAGCAGAAGAAGAAGGAGAAAGUGAUUGAGGACAAGACGUUUGGGCUGAAGAACAAGAAGGGAACGAAGCAGCAGAAAUUCAUUGCGCAAGUGGAGAAGCAGGUGAAGAGUGGCGGUCAACAUCCGGUGAAUGCUCUCAAUCCAAAUGCCAAGAAGGAGGAGAAGGAGCGGAAGCUGAAGGAGCAGAAGGAGAUGCAGAUGAUCUUCAAGCCCGUCCAGACGCAGAAGAUUGAGAAGGGCACCGAUCCCAAGUCCGUGGUGUGCGUCUUCUUCAAGCAGGGCCAAUGCAGCAAGGGAGACAAGUGCAAGUUCUCCCACGAUCUCUCCGUGGAGCGGAAGGUGGAGAAGCGGUCGCUGUACGUGGACAUGCGGGAUGAUGGCACAGAGGCGGACUCCAUGGAGAACUGGAAUGACGAGAAGCUGAAGGAAGUGGUGGACAAGAAGCACGGCAAGGAGAAGAGAAUGCCCACAACUGAUAUUAUCUGCAAAUACUUCCUGGACGCAGUGGAGAAAUACAAAUACGGAUGGUUCUGGGAGUGUCCGAACGGAGAGAAAUGCAUCUAUCGCCAUGCACUGCCACAAGGAUACGUUCUCAAGCGAGACAAGAAGAUCCUGGACCAGAAGAAGCCUGAGAUUUCCCUAGUAGACCUAAUCGAGAGCGAACGAGCAGCUCUUGGACCUAAUCAAACAAGAGUCACUCUUGAGAGCUUUAUUGCGUGGAAAAAGCGGAAAAUUGAGGAGAAGAAGGAGAAAAUCCGAAGGGAUGAAGAGAAGAAGCGCAAUGAAUUUAAAUCCGGCAAGAAUAUUGGACUCUCUGGAAGGGAAAUGUUUAGCUUCAAUCCUGAACUCGUCAACGAUGGCCAGAUGGAGGAUGGCGAUGAAGCCUUCGACAGCUACGAGCGUGACGAGGAGGAGAGCGAGACAGGCAUUGAGUAUCACGAGAUUGACUUCACCAGCAUCACUCUUGGGGAAGUGGACGGAACGGGAACAGUGGCGACGGAGGAUCGCUUCCAUCGACCUCAGGGCGAGAAUGAGGAUGAGGAUGAGGAGGAAGCGUCUGACGACACACCCACGGAAGGAGCUGAAGGCAUGGAAGCCUCUGAUGCUGCACCUAUAAAUGAAAAUCUCUUCCUCAGCGAAGAUCUCGAAGGUCUGGAUGACGAAUUGAAUGAACUGGACAUUGACAAGUGAUUAGAGGAUUUAAUUGAGCAUCGAGAGAACUAAUAAAGAGUCACUAACGCA